GCGAGAAGAGAGCACAGAGGAGCUGCUGUGGGAGGAGGGCAGACGUGACGGGAGCACCCAAAACAGAAGCUGCCGGGAGUACGACACGGACAGAGGGACCGGAUCUUAUCUGCGGCACAUUUUGGAGAUUUGAGCAGCCGGAUACGCGCUCUGUUAACGACGGCGGCUUUUUCCCUGCGGUAAAAAAAAAAAUCAGCACGGGUGUUUUUGGUGAGGAGGUCUGCUCUUCCUCUUCAAAAAGGACAGUCUGUGGCGGAGGGCUGUGCUCAGACUGAAGGCACGGUGGAGGAGUUGGGAUGUCCUGAGUCAGUCCCUUGGUCCCUGAGAGCAGCUUGCUGAUGGGACCUGCUGCGCCGCCAUGAGCCUACAAGAUGGCGGCUGCAGCUACACCGGCAGCGCCAAUAUGGCCACCAUUAGUGGCAGCAUGCGGCGGCGCCUGGAGGACCAGGAGUUCACCCUGCGCGUCUAUCCGGGCUCCCUGGCUGAGGGCACCAUCUACUGCCCCGUCACCGCCCGCAAGAACACCACUGCUGCUGAAGCCAUCGAGUGCCUCAUCGAACGGUUACACCUGGACCGUACCAAAUGCUACGUGUUGGCCGAGGUGAAGGAGUUCGGUGGGGAAGAGUGGAUCCUCAAUCCCAGCGACUGCCCGGUUCAGCGGAUGAUGCUGUGGCCAAGAACCGCCCUGGAAAACCGUAGUGGCUUGUGCAGUGGCGAGGAUUACCGCUUCCUCCUGCGGGAGAAAAACCUGGAUGGAUCUAUUCAUUACGGGGGCAGCCUGCAAAUGUGGCUGCGGGUGACUGAGGAACGAAGGCGCAUGGUCGAACGGGGUUUCCUCCCCCAGCCUGCAGGGAGCGACCCACCUUGUGACCUGUGUGCUCUCCCGGAGCUAACGGAGCGCGCCCUUUUGGAGAGCCUCCGUGCACGCUUCCGCCAGGAGAAGAUCUACACUUAUGUUGGGAGUAUUCUUAUCGUGAUUAACCCCUUCCAGUUCCUGCCAAUCUAUAAUCCCAAAUAUGUCAAAAUGUACGACAACCACACGCUGGGGAAGCUGGAGCCCCACAUUUAUGCUGUGGCAGAUGUGGCGUAUCAUGCCAUGUUGCAGCGGCGGAAGAACCAGUGCAUAGUGAUUUCUGGUGAAAGUGGAUCUGGGAAGACCCAAAGCACCAACUUCCUCAUCCAUCACCUGACAGCUCUCAGCCAGAAGGGCUUUGCCAGUGGGGUGGAGCAGAUCAUCCUGGGAGCGGGGCCUGUGUUAGAGGCCUUUGGGAAUGCUAAGACGGCCCAUAACAACAACUCCAGCCGCUUUGGGAAGUUCAUCCAGGUCAACUAUCAGGAGAGUGGCACAGUCAGGGGCGCAUACGUAGAGAAGUACCUGCUGGAGAAAUCACGUCUGGUGUACCAGGAGCACAAUGAGAGGAACUACCAUGUGUUUUACUACCUGUUGGCUGGAGCCAGUGAAGAGGAGAGGAAGGCCUUCCACCUGCUCAAACCUGAGGAAUAUCACUACCUCAACCAGAUGACAAAGAAAUCGCACAAACUCUACUGGGACAAUUACUAUGAGAGUGAGCUGGACUGCUUCACAGUGGAAGGAGAAGAUCUAAAACACGACUUUGAGCGGCUGCAGCUGGCUAUGGAGAUGGUUGGCUUCCUGCCCACAACACGCAAACAGAUUUUCUCCCUGCUGUCAGCCAUCCUCCACCUGGGAAACAUCCGCUACAAGAAGAAGACCUACAGGGAUGAUUCCAUCGAUAUCUGCAACCCAGAGGUCCUGCCCAUCGUCUCAGAGCUGCUAGAGGUGAAGGAGGAGAUGCUUCUUGAAGCACUGACAACCAGGAAGACGGUGACUGUUGGAGAAAGGCUCAUAGUGCCCUACAAGCUUGCAGAGGCAGGCACAGUGAGGGACUCCAUGGCCAAGUCACUGUACAGCGCGCUGUUUGACUGGAUUGUGUUCAGGACCAACCAUGCCCUGCUGAACAACAAGGACCUGGAGGACAGUUCAAAGAUCCUGUCUAUAGGAGUGCUGGACAUCUUUGGCUUUGAGGAUUAUGAGAACAACAGUUUUGAACAGUUCUGUAUCAACUUCGCCAACGAACGACUUCAGCACUAUUUCAACCAACACAUCUUCAAACUGGAGCAGGAAGAGUACAGGGCAGAGGGCAUCACCUGGCACAACAUCGACUACAUCGACAACAGUGGCUGCAUCAACCUAAUCAGCAAGAAACCCACAGCUCUGUUCCACCUGCUGGACGAGGAGUGCAAUUUCCCUCAAGCUUCCAAUCAGACCUUGCUGGACAAGUUCAAGCGUCAGCAUGAAGGAAACAGCUACAUCGAGUUCCCCACUGUCAUGGAGCCUGCCUUCAUCAUCAGACACUACGCUGGGAAAGUCAAGUACGGAGUCAAGGACUUCAGGGAGAAGAACACUGACCACAUGCGUCCCGACAUUGUGGCCUUGCUCAAGAGCAGCAAGAACGCCUUCAUCUGCGGCCUGAUGGGAAUCGACCCCGUGGCGACCUUUCGCUGGGCCGUGCUCCGCGCUUACUUCAGAGCUCAUGUGGCGUUCAGGGAGGCUGGACGCAGACACACCCACAAAAAAACAGGGAAUGAUGCAGCAGUUCCCUGUGCUGUUGUUAAAACCGUUGACAGCUUCAGUUUUCUUCACCACCCUGUUCACCAGCGGAGCCUCGAGAUCCUUCAAAGAUGCAAAGAUGAGAAAUACAGUAUAACCAGGAAGAAUCCCCGCACCCCCUUGUCAGAUCUUCAAGGCACCAACGCCCUCAAUGAGAAGGCCAGCUGGGAUGGCUACAGCGUUGGAUGUAAUGGUCGCACCUCCAGGUCGGGUCGCCUCUCUUCAAUGGGAAGCCCCGCGCUGGAAGAAGAUGGGAUCUUCCUCAAUUCGAACAACAGCAAGCUCCUAGAGAGAGCUCAGGGAAUUCUAAUGAGAAACAAAAACUGCAAAACUAAACCAACUCUUCCCAAGCACUUGCUGGACAUUAAGUCUCUGCGCUACCUGAGCAGCGUGACGCUCCACGACCGCAUCACCAAGUCUCUGCUUCAUCUGCACAAGAAGAAGAAGCCUCCCAGCAUCAGCGCUCAGUUCCAGGCGUCGCUCAAUAAGCUGAUGGAGACUCUGGAUCAGUCGGAGCCGUACUUUGUCAAGUGCAUUCGCUCCAACGCUGAGAAGCUGCCGCUGCGCUUCAACGACAGUCUGGUGCUCAGACAGCUGAGGUACACAGGUAUGCUGGAAACCGUCCGGAUCAGACAAUCAGGUUACAGCAGCAAGUACACCUUUCAGGACUUUGUGCAUCACUUCCAUGUGCUGCUGCCUCGGGGCACUAGCCCCACAAAGUCGGGCGUCAGGGAGUUCUUCAGACGGAUCCACCUGCCCCCUGCUGGGUACCAAGUGGGCAGCACCAUGGUGUUCCUGCGCGAGGCCGAGCGCCAGCGUCUUCAGACCCUCCUGCACCAGGAGGUCCUGCGGAGAAUCGUCAUGCUGCAGCGCCGCUUCAGGGCAGUUCUGGAGAGGAAGCACUUUGUCAACAUGAGACGAGCUGCGUGCACCAUUCAGCGAUGGUGGCGUUUCUGCCUCUUCAGGCAGUCCACCAUUGACCUGAGCGUUGAGGAGGGAGCGGCGUUGUGUCUGCAGGCGGCUUGGAGGGGUUACAGAGAGAGGAGAAAGUUCCUGCACUGGCGGGAUUCAGCGAUCGUCAUACAGAGGAGCUGGAAAAACUGCUGCCAUCGGAGGGCUCUGGCAGCUACUGCAAUUCAGACAGCCUGGAAGGGAUCCAGGGAGAGGAGGCGUUACCACAGAACGCACGCAGCGAUGAUACAGUUACAGGCGAGGAGCAGAGGAUACCUCGCUCGACUCAGGUUUAGAGACUUCAAGGAGCAGCACGAGAGACUUGGUGAACAAACAAGUCUGUCAGCAGCGAUGGAGGCAGGAAGAAGAGAGCCCGCCUCAUCCGGACUGGAGAGUUAUGGCCAGGACAUCUCUGCACAGCUCCCCGAAGACUCUAAGUCUGUUUCACUUUAUGGAGCAGAGAUGGAAAAAGAAGAUGACUUGGAGCGAAGCAGGAGCACAGACGAGAGCAGCCAUAAGAACCGGUCGAAACGAGAGAGCAGACGAAUGAGAGAGCUGGAGCAGGCACAGUUCAGCCUGGAGCUUCUUAAAGUCCGAAGUACCAGCUUGGGGGGUUCGCUGCCAGAAGACCCGGUCCCAAACAGCAGCAGCAGCUCUCAACAGGAUGAGCAUCACAGACAUUCACCCCAAGGGUCCCCGGCUAGUCAAGGAAGUUUUGAAGUUCUCAGUGUGGAAGACAUGGAAACUGAAGGCUCCGGAGGAUAUAGUUCUCAGCUCAGUGUACUUCAGGAACAGCCCAAGACGCUGGAUAUUCAACUUCAGCAGGGGCUGAGAGAUUCCAACUAUAAUGAAAAGCCUGUGACUGAGUUGCCAAACAAAGUGGAGGCCCCGAGGGCAACUUUUUAUAUUGCUUCUGACCAAAGUCCAGCUCAUGAACCAAAAUCUGAAAGCCCCAGCAGUUCUUACAGAGAAAGAAGGGAGUCCACGUCUCGAAGGCCUGUAGUGGUGUUGAUCAGUAUGCAGAAAGAGAGUCCUUUGGAAGAGGGAGAGCUGCUGGCAGCCCAAACUCUAGAAAGAGCUUCUCAAACAGGAGCACCCAAUGCCCAAAUGACCCCUAUUGCAGGCCUUGAGAUAGCAUCAGACAGGGAGCAGCCUCUCGGCGUUUCCACCCAAGCCAAGAGAGACAUAUUUGUGGUCGGUAAGUCUUCAAAGGCUCCCUUCACUCGUGGAGAGAGUCAGGAAGGUCCAGGGAUUUGUUCCGCAGAGAUGGACAUCAAAAUUGCCCUGAAGCCCACAUGCAGCGUUCCUGCCGUACUCCCCACUCUGCAGGAGAGGAAGACGAUUAGGUCAGCAAAGGAGGCCCCCAGCCCGGUCCUGGACACCAAACCUCCAAAGGCCCAGAAGAAGAGCAACGCCCAGACUGUGAUUGUGAACAUGGUGGAGAAACCCUCUAGUACUGUGUUCUCCCCACCCAGGCGCAAGCUGCCGUUCUCCAAGUCCGAUAAGGAUUUGGUGAACCAGGAACGAUCUCUCGCCAUGUUCAGAGAUGAUUCCAAGUCUGCUGGAUCCAGAAGCAGAGAGCAGGUGGGCCGCCCCGGCCCCAAAAAGAAAGCCCGAAUGUCCCGGACGCGCUCCGACUUCCUGACUCGCUGUAACUCAGAGGGGGCGACCCAGUCGGAUGACGAUGAUGAAUACUACAUCCCCGCCCACUCCUGCACGCUGCCCCCCUCUCUGUCUCCCCCACACUCCCACCCCGACGCUGACUGUCACAGUGACUCCGAGAUGUCGUCUCACAAAGACCAGAAGAAAAUCCAUAAGACCAUGUCAUCAGGGGACUUGGGCAAGAUGGAGAUCCUCAGGAAAACCUCCAGUCAAGAUGGAAGCAGGAUGAGAGGGAAGAUGCGAUUCUGGAGUAAAACGAAACACAGUGAGAAAAAACUGUCAAGGGAGAAGCAGGCCAGCAUGAGUGAAGUUGGAGAAACACAUGCAGAAGGCCCGUCUCCUCCUCACAGUCCAGAUUUGGAGGCGGCUUCAUCUCGGGGGGUCAGAGACAGUAAGGAGAACAAGGAGCCGUCUCCCAAAAUGAAGAGACGUCGCAGCGUGAAGAUCAGCAGCAUCGCUCUGGAACCUGCCCAGUGGCAGAAUGACGCGCUGCACAUCCUCACCUCGGCCCACGACUAUCGCAGCAUGAACGACUUCCUCAUGAAGAAGAUUGCCGAUCUUGAUUCUGAAGAUGGUAAAAAGGACACCAUGGUGGAUGUUGUUUUUAAGAAAGCGCUGAAGGAAUUCAGGAUCAACAUCUUCAACUCGUACUCCACUGCCCUCGCUAUGGAUGAUGGUAAAAGCAUCCGUUACAAGGAUCUGUACGCAUUGUUUGAGCACAUCCUGGAGAAGACGAUGCGUAUGGAGCAGAGAGACUGGAGCGAGUCACCCGUGAAGGUGUGGGUCAACACGUUCAAGGUGUUCCUGGAUGAAUUCAUGACGGAGUAUAAGCCCAUGGAGGGAACCAUCGGCAGGGCUCCAAAACGAGAACGCAAGAAGUCAAGGAAGAAGGAAACUGAUAUUGUGGAGGAACACAACGGCCACAUUUUCAAGUCCACUCAGUACAGCAUCCCCACCUACUGCGAGUACUGCUCCUCCCUCAUCUGGAUGAUGGAUCGAGCCUGUGUCUGCAAACUGUGUCGCUACGCCUGCCACAGGAAGUGCUGUUCCAAAAUGACCACGAAGUGCAGCAAGAAGUACGACCCGGAGCUGUCGUCACGGCAGUUCGGCGUGGAGUUGUCGCGUCUGACCAGCGAGGAGCGCACCGUACCCCAGCUGGUGGAGAAGCUCAUCAACUACAUCGAGAUGCACGGCCUCUACACAGAGGGCAUCUACAGGAAGUCGGGCUCCACCAAUAAGAUCAAAGAACUCCGACAGGGGCUGGACACGGAUGUCAGCAGCGUGAAUCUGGAUGACUACAAUAUCCACGUUAUUGCCAGUGUGCUCAAACAGUGGCUCCGUGACCUGCCAAGCCCUCUCAUGACCUUUGAACUCUACGAGGAGUUCCUGAGAGCCAUGGGUCAGCCAGACAAGCGGGAGGUGAUCAACGGAGUGUAUUCUGUGAUCGACCAGCUCAGCAGGACACACCUCAGCACACUGGAGCGCCUCAUCUUCCAUCUGGUCAGGAUUGCCCUGCAGGAGGAGACAAACAGGAUGUCAGCCAACGCCCUCGCCAUCGUGUUUGCUCCCUGCAUCCUUCGCUGCCCCGACAGCAUUGACCCACUGCAGAGCGUCCAAGACAUCAGCAAGACCACAGCGUGUGUGGAGCUGAUCAUCAACGAGCAGAUGAGCAAGUACAAGGCUCGUCUGAAGGACAUCAGCAGUCUGGAGUUUGCAGAGAACAAAGCCAAGAGCAGGCUGACCCACAUCAGGAGGUCCAUGAAACCCGUACUAAUUGCCGUUAGGUUUAUGAGCAUUACCCGCACUACCACCCCGCCUAACACAGCUAAAGUUAAGAGCAAAAGCCGUGUUUGGCAAAGCACCACCCACACGACCUCACCUCCUCUCAGCCCCAGAGCGCCCUCUGGGGUUGAUGGAGAAACUGCCGUAGGAGGAGGAGGAGUGGAGGACGCAGCAGAGGCCGUGCUCAAUGACCAGCAGGAGCUGGCGAUGCAGCAGGAGGAGCGAAUCCUCGCAGAGCAGAUUGAGAGUCUGCAGAAAGAAAAGGAGGAGCUGACCUAUGAAAUGUUGAUCCUGGAGCCGCGAGCAUCCGAUGAUGAAACUCCUGAAUCUGAAGCCUCCAUCGGUACAGCAGACAGCUCAGAGAAUAUCACCAUGGAUACGGAGGGAGCCACCUCUGACCCCUCUGAUCGCGGCACAAUCCGAUCCAGAAAGUCAGAGGCGAAGAGCAGGCGAGCUCUGCGACGCCAGCCCGACUCCCAGGAUUCAGCAGACUCCACUUCCACCGUCUCCUCCUAUCACCCUUCCUCCUCUCUCUCCUCCAACGCGUCUGGUUCUCCUUCCCCUCACUACAGGUUCCGUUCCUCCUCCUCCGGGCCCUUACUCACCUCCUGCAGCCUGGGGACCCCUUUGGCUGAGGCAGAGGGGGGCCAAAGUACCGGGAAAACGCGGCACAGGCUCAGGCUGAGCCGCAGCUCGCCACGGGAGCCCUCGGGAAGCCAUCGGAGGGAGUCGGACUUCGGCUCGGGGCCGCAGCAGCUGGUUCUGUACGGCAACAACGAGUUCAUGGUUUGACCCCGAAACGACCAUUCGCGGGAGGCUGAGUGAGAACGGGAGGAAGACGAGUUUAGGGCAGAAUGAGGCUGGUCAUGGGGCAAGGUUUACGCCAAGAGUCGCCUGUUGCCCCUCCUUGGUGCCCAGCCUUACCUCCUCCCUUGGUCCAGUCAAAGCAGGAAGGCGAUUCUGACAGAGAGGGACAAAAACAGCAGCUGGUCACUGAAGGAUGACUGACGACUAAUGUGAAAUCUGGAGAGAAGCAAAAAGACAAGUUUAACUGUGUUCGCUGAUCCUCUGAUCUGAACCGUUUGACCCCUGCUGGAGCCCCAGGGGUCAGUCAGAGGAGAGGGAGGGGUGGGGGAAGAGGAACGGAAGGACGGGUGGCGAGACACAGGACACCACACCCACACCUGCAAAGCCAAACCUUUCAGAGCCUCGUCUUUAUUUUUUAGCAUGCGGGCAGAUGGUGAAAGCCCCCCAAAAGAAAUGUAGCCAUACUGACCGAACUGGCGGACAACCAACUUGUCUGUAACCAGCACCAAGCUAAGUCUGCUUUUCUCGUUUACACAGGACACACCAGCCAAGAGGCUGCAUGCUUCUCCAUCACAAUUUUUCUUCAGUUUGAAGGAACUGUCUCUUACAGCUGUAUGUUAAUUAUUAUUAUUAUUGUUAUUAUUAUAUUAAAGAGGAGGAAAAAAGGUGUACAUAAAGAGACAGUCCAGUGCUGCUGCUGGGUUGCUGGGUUGCUCAUCGGUGAUCAGUCUCUACGGCCUGUUUUGCAAAUAUAAGUAUCUGAAAUUCAGGUUCCACUUUUGUUUCUGUGUCGGUUCUCCUCUGUUUACUGCUGGCUUCUCUCUUUUUUAAUAUUACACAAUGAACAGAGAGCACUUUGGUUGCACUCUUGAGUCGUAAAAGAAUUUGGAAAAAAAAAUGAAAGAAAAAAAAGCCACCAACCUGCGGUUGUAGCGCAGAGCGUCGGGUGUCACGCGAACUUGACCUGCAGUAUGAGAUGUCAGUCAGCCAUACGUGUUUUGUUCUGUCUUUCUUUGCCCGCAGCCUUUUAUUACCCCCCACCCCCACAUUUCAGAAACAUCAGUGUUACUGCGUCAGAACUUGAAUUUUUUCUCUUUUAAUAUAUAUUAUUGCUGUAUUAUAGUGUACAUGUUGGUAUUGCUGUCAAUAGUUUUUGUUCAGAUGAAAGCCAUCGUUUUGUUUUUUCUUUCCGAUCUUUAUUAUUUGUUGGAGUGAGUGAACGAGUGAAUGAUCCCUUCCAUUUUUAUCAGCUCCCACUUUGUGCAUGUUUAGCCUCUCCUCCGUAAAUAUGCUUAAUGGAAGGACUGAAAAGAAGAAGCAGCUCUACAUCCGUCGUGUGACACUAAAACUAACUGAUGUGAGCUUACAAGGGUUAGUCUGAGCUUUACUGCACCUGUGGGGAAACACUUGCACUCAUCAUGCACUCAAACCGUCCGCGAUGUCCUCUGAGCCAUGCCUGUUCUUCUUCUUCACCAGUACAGUAGCUCCUCUUCUCUCCCGGCUCUGGCUGUGAUAAGUAGCAUUUAAUCUGCCUGUUAACCUGUCAACAAAAAAAAACUAGUAGCAACUAACUCAAACCGUCCGUGUGUUUCUGCAUAUUCUUCCUCUCUUUCCUGUCUCUGUCCAUAAAGUAUCCAAACAGUAUCCGUGUGAUGUUGAGAUUCUUCUCAGUAGCUAAACAGCGAUCAUGUCUCCGUGAUAAAGCUGCGAUCUCUCUUUGCUUGCCGCGUCUCUGGAGGAACUUUAAAAGCUGGAAGUCUCAGUGAUGAUUUAGUGUGUGUUUUUUGGUUUUUUUUAGUAUCACUUUGAACCAUUUAGACAUUAAAAAAAAACCUGUUUUCGGAGUUGAGCUGAAAGGGCAUGGCUGAUUCUGGUCAAAUGUCUUUUAGCUGAUAUUUGAUGGGAUGAUGUUUGUUGUGUAUGUCUAAGCUGUCCAUGUGGAGAAAAAAGAAGAAAAAAAAGGAAAAAGUGAAUGUACCUAUCACUGGAAGGCAUGCUCUGCUUUCUUUGGUUGUUUUUUGGUUUUGUUCCUCUUUUAUACACAGUGUAUGUGCUAUUUAUGAUCAUGCUUUUGGGAUGUACAUUGAUUUAAAAAGAAUCUGUUAUAAAAAGGUGUUAUAAAAGGAUAUAUUAUCCUGUGUACGGUUCAUUAUCUACUAUUACUCAUGGCGACAUUUUAGCAGGCCAUACUCAGUCACUCAUUUUUUGUGCUAUAAAGCAAAAAGCAAAAAAACAAAACAAAAAAAAAGCCUUGUGUCUGUCUGCGCCACUCUGGACACAGUUAUCACAGUAUGUAUGUAUAAGGUGCGAUUUGUGUUACAUUUCCUCUUUUUUUUAAUGAUAUAAACAUGUCUAUGGUUGUAAGAAGAAAAAAAAGACUUUAUGAGGGAAAAUCCAUCUGCUUAUUAAAAAAGCAAAAUUGCAGCCAAGCA